CUGUGCGGCUCGUCCCGGCGGAGGUUCGAGUUCUGGUACUGCGGACAACCGUAUAUGCUGUUAGCUGUACCGCUGACGAGUGCAGAAGUCCGGAUGACAGAUGGUCGAGACACUUAUGCCCCACAGGGCUACCAUCUGCAGGUGCCAUUGCUUGAGCGACAGCGCAUGUCACCAACCAGCAGGUGUCGAUAUACACAUAAAACAUAUGUGAUAGCGCUUUUGUGUGCUGCGAUCCUCGUUACUUGGUCGGUUGCUCGUUUUCCUAAGCACAAAUUGUGGCCAUAUGACCGACGCACCGUACCGCAGCGGGGGGCUGCCAAUAUAUUCUUCAUAGAGACAACAUGCGCCAUGGAGGACGUGCCGUGGUCGGGGCUGCGCCCGCGGCAGGCCUGCGCCGUGGAGUCUGCGGUGCGCCACAACCCUGGACGACCCAUCUACGUGCUGCACACGUGUGAAGCACCCAUCUGGGGGCUGUCGCUGCCGGCCGGAGCCACAGCUGUCCACGUGACGCUGGAGGAGUUCCUACGCGACACGCCUCUCUACACAACACUCAUUGAGCACGCCGCCCUAGCCAACAGCGCGUGGCCCGUCCACCACGCCUCUGACGUCAUGCGAGUCAUCGCGCUGUGGAAGUACGGUGGCCUCUACCUAGACCUGGACUUCGUCGUACUGAGGAACCUCUCUGAGUUGGGUGAAGACUGGGCUGGAGCGGAGGACAACAGAACGGUUGCCAACAGUGCAAUGCAUAUGUCUGCACGGCCCGGCUCAGCAGGGCAAGAGAUGGCGAAAGCCUUCAUCGAAACACUACAGACAGACUUCGAUGGGCAGCAGUGGAUGUACAACGGUGGCGGGCAUCUCACGAGAUUGCUAUUUAUCCGCUGCAACGUAACCAGCGUUGUGGCCAUGACGAACUGCCUUGGGUUUCGAGUUCUGGCGACGGAGCUGCUGUUCCCGGUGCACUACUCUCUCUGGGAGAGAUACUUCAGGGAGGAGGAGGCGGAAGGCGUGCUGGCUGACGCGCGGAAUGCUUACGCAGUGCACGUGUGGAACAAGCUCAGUGGCGAAGCCGAUAUUGUUCCGCAAAACUCAGCCUACGGGAUGCUUGCACGCCAAAAUUGCCCAGACUCCUUCAGUGCCGCCGAGGGCAGAUUUGGAUAAUGACUUCUCUUUUUAAGCACACAGUUUGUUCUGAGUAAUCGUCGACGCUAAUGCUAGUUAACAUUACCCAGUGCUACUUUGAUGUCACGAUGUAGACAUACAACACCUACAUGAAAAACGAAGGACUCGAACCCGUGAUUUGGAAAGUUAUGUGAUAUUUGCACAUGUGCCCAAGAGCUGGAAAAUGCAAUAAUUGAAGAACAUAUCUGUCUCGAGGCUCAAAUCCAGUGUCCGUCAGGUGAAAAUCCCUAUAGGAGGGGAUUUGGACAAGUUUCUUUGAAAAUCUCGCCGCAUCGACGGAGUUAGCCUAAAAAAAAGAGGCAAGCUAGACGCCGGAUAGAAGAGGAUGAACCAUCACAGUUAAUUACAGUCUCUUUAACUAAUCGGAACCAGCUUCUGAAUCGCCUGUUGCUGCCCCACUUUUACUGUUACAUUUUUUUAACCAGAUCUAACAACGAGAAACACCGCCGUCACGUACUAGAGAUGUUUUUAAAGAUUUCGUUCUGUAGUAAUAAUUUGUGGCCAAUUAUCUCUUAUAACUUAGACUUUUCAAAUGGAGUUUUGUGAAGUGUCAGUGACGUGUGUUCAGUUACUUAUUUACGGGGACUAUGUUAUCAGUACGAAACCUGACCAAAUAGAAAUACGAUUUGUGAUAAAGUACUCUGUACUCUGUACCAUUCCAGACUCACUCUGGAACGGAAGUACUUUAUCACAAAUCUGGCCCAACGAACAUAAAAGAAUAUUUAGAUUUGUCGUGCAGAUACAUAUCAUUCACUUUUGACUGCUAAGAAGCAGGCUAUUAGGCUAUUAUGUGAUAAACAGUCAUGUCGCCCUAAAUUCUGUAUAAGUGACUCGUGUGUGGCAAAACUCAUAAUUCUGGUUCAGUGAUCACCGGUUGUGGAUACGUGAGCACUCUGAUACUGCAAUGGUGUGGACGGGCCGUGCGCACACAUUUUACGAGGAGUUUUGGUUGUGACAAACCAUUCAGUUCAGAAAAUUAUGUCUGUUACGUCUAGAUCUAGAAUUCAUUGAUAUUAGCGUAACUCAAAAUUGUUUAAUUGGGAAACAAUUCUAAUAAGUUUGUCUGGCAC